UUUAAACGUCAGAGAAUUAGUAAUAGUUCGUCUCAAAAAAAUAAGCAAAAUUCUAAAAAUCCUCAAGAAAAUUUGAAAAAUUCCAAUGUAGAUAAAAUAUUUAAAAUCAAAUGGUUAUCAGAAUUUUCUUGGUUACGUUAUGAUGAUAAAAAAAUGUUUUGUACAAUUUGUGUUAAACAUAAGAUGAAAAAUAAGUUUGCUACAGAAGGUGCAAUAAAUAUCUCAAAAAAAUCAGCAGUUAAAGAGCAUGUAAAAUGUAAAGAUCAUAUUGAAGCAGAAAAAUUAGAAACAGCACGUAUUCAAAUGGAAUCUUUGCAAAAUCAAAUUUUUUCUUCUGAUGCAAAUGCUAGACAUAUUAUUAUUAUAAUUUCAAUUACAUAUACAAACAAGAUUUCAGGAUAUGAAUUUUUAAUGGCAAUAGCUAAAACUAUUAAAAAUAAAAUCUGGAGUGAAUUAUCCGAUGCUGUAGCAUUUGAAAUAAUGAUUGACGAAAGUACAGAUAUUACAAUAAACAAACAUUUAGAUGUAUAUGCUUCAUAUGUAGCUAAAAAUGGAACAUUCAAAACAUAUUUUUUAUGUCUUUUACCUUUAACUGAUUGCGAUGCAGAAAGUUAUGAACCUUCUUUUACUGAACAAAAUUAUGAUGAAUUAUUGAUGGAUAUAUAUAUCUAUUCAACGAGUAUUAUUUCUGAAUUGAAACAACAAUUUCCUAAUAGAUUAUUAUUUUCUUCUAUGAAAAUAUUAAAUCUGCGAGAAUGGCCAAGAGACUCUGAAGAUUUACUAUGUUUUGGUGAUAAUGAAUUGGAAGAUUUAUUAAAAUAUUAUGAGUAUCCAAAUAUUCAUAAUAAUAUUCAAUCAAUAGCACUCUUUGAU